AGUUGCAUCAUUUUUAGGGUUUGUGGAAGGGUUUAAGCUUUUCCUCACAAACAUGCCAGUCAUGGCUUUCAACCCUGAGCAAAUGGAAAAACAACAAGAAGAAAAACCUCACAGAAUCAUCGAAGAAGAAGAAGAAGAUGAUGAUGAUGACAUCGAAGAAGAAGAAGCAGAUGAAGAGUGGGGUGACUGGGAAGGAGACGAAGAAGAAGGAGAAUCCCAAUCUGAAUUCCUCUGUCUGUUCUGUGAUUCCACUUUCACUUCCUCCGCUUCCUUGUUCCACCACUGCGCUUCCCUUCACCACUUCGAUUUCCAUGCCAUUACCAAACUUCUCAACUUGGAUUUCUAUGCUUCCUUCAAGCUCAUCAACUACAUUCGCUCUCAGGUGGCAGAGAGCAGAUGUUGGAGCUGUGGAUUAACUUUUCAGACGAACCGUGACUUGCAGAAUCAUUUGCACGACUUAAAUGAUAUUAAGACUCUGUGGGAUGAUGAUAGAUAUUUAAAACCUUUCAUGCAAGAUGAUUCACUGCUGUACAGCUUUGAUGAAGGUGAAGGUGAAGGUGAAGAAGAUGAACAAAUUCCACUGAUUGAUGAAGAUCUUAUGAGAGAUUUGAAGAAUGCUGAAGAAAUUUUUGGGGAUGAUCAUAGUGCUUUUGAAAAGCUGGUGGUCAAAGAUGAUGUUUGUAGAAUAAAGGAUACUGCUUCUGUUUCUGAUGAUCAUUCAAACCGGGCCAGUUCUUCAGAUAAGGAACUUAGUAAUGGUAAGGGCUCAGGAGGAUAUGUUUCUCUGAUUGAUAAGAAUCCAGAAGAUGGGCAUUUGAUGGCUAAUUCUCAAAAUCACAUUGCAAAGCACAUUAAGAAGGUUAAUGAAAAUUAUUUUGGGGCUUACAGUUCAUUUGGCAUCCAUCGUGAGAUGCUAAGUGAUAAGGUGAGAAUGGAUGCUUAUGGCCAAGCAAUUUUGAAGAAUCCUUCUCUACUAAAUGGUGCUGUUGUCAUGGAUGUAGGUUGUGGAACUGGCAUUCUCAGCCUAUUUGCGGCUCAAGCAGGGGCUUCAAGGGUUAUUGCAGUUGAGGCUAGUGCCAAGAUGGCAGCAGUGGCAUCUCAGGUUGCAAAAGACAAUGGUCUCUGGCUGAGUAAAAGCCAAAGUGGAGUCAAUGGCCUCCAAAAAGGAGUCAUAGAAGUGGUUAAUUGCAUGGUUGAAGAGAUUGACAAAACCGUUGAACUUCAACCUCACAGUGUUGAUGUAUUGUUAAGUGAAUGGAUGGGAUAUUGCCUGCUGUAUGAAUCCAUGCUUGGUUCAGUGCUCUAUGCACGCGACCGGUGGUUGAAGCCUGGAGGUGCUAUUCUUCCUGACACUGCAACUAUUUUUGUCGCAGGAUUUGGAAAAGGAGGUACAAGUCUUCCAUUUUGGGAAAAUGUGUAUGAUUUUGACAUGUCUUCCAUUGGGAAGGAGCUCGUCAUAGAUGCUGCCCAAUUUCCUAUAGUUGAUGUUGUUGACUAUCAAGAUUUAGUUACCAGUUCUGCCGUUCUUCAGACCUUUGACUUGGCUACCAUGAAGCCAAAUGAAGUGGAUUUCACUGCCACUGCUACUUUGGAACCAAAAUUGAGUGCUUCAGACAACGAAAAAACACAUUUCGAUUCUAAAACAUGCUGCUGGUGUUACGGUGUUGUCCUAUGGUUUGACACUGGGUUUUCAAGUAGAUUCUGCCGGGAGACACCAGCUGUGUUAUCCACAUCCCCUUACACUCCAAAAACACAUUGGUCACAAACAAUCUUGACAUUCCGGGAACCCAUUGCCAUGGGGUCUGGAAAAGAAAAUGGAAGAAAACCGGCAGCAAUUGGCACUGAAGCAUAUCCUGCUGUGAAGAUUGAUUUGCGGGUCAGCAUUGCCCGUUCCACGGAGCAUCGUAGCAUUGACAUUUCCAUGGAAGCUGCUGGUGUUGGUCCUGAUGGUCAGAGACGCUGUUGGCCUGCACAACUUUUUUCUCUGCAGUAAGAAGUAAUGCAUCGCAUGCCACAGAAGCAAGGAUAAUGUGCUGGCAGAUUUUCUUGUUUGUGGGCAGUUAUAAUCAGUUUUGGAGUGUUCCGUUCCAGUUGUAAUUCCUUGCAUUGCAUUUUGGUUUCAUUUUGUUCAUUGGAAAUAGCUACUUUGUGUUUUUUAAUACAAGUCUCCCUUCCCUUUGUGAACAACAA